AUGAAGAAGGAUGUGGUGUACUUGGGCUCGUGGGACGUCAUCCUCUCAUGCAAGAUCCAAAGCAAGGAGUUGGAUUUCGUUGGUAUCCUUCUGCAUGAAGAUGUCCGUCAGACUGGUCGAGUAGUCUUCCCAAUCUCAGCCCCUUGGUGGCCUACACCAGUUUUGACGUGCCCACAAAAUGCAGAAACAGGGGACUGA